CGCCACUGGUUGGGGCAUUGAAAAAAAUUGGAGAAAGAAAGCUUUCUCAUAUUGAUGAUGGAUUUGAACUGUCAGCCAUUCGCGUAUAGGGGAGGAAACACUGGAGGAAUUAAGCGCUACAGGUUGAGUGAGGAGAUUGGGAAUUGGGCGAGUGCGGAUGAUUUUAAUUGCCCAAUUGGUGUCGGUAGCCAGAGAAUGAGAGGGUUGAGAAAGGUUUAUGUCGCCAAAUUGAAGGCAGUUAAAGUGAAGGCAGUCGGUUUUCUUGAGCUGCUUAGUGUUUCUGUUCAUAUAUGAUACUGAUAUUUGGUGGACAUAAUUCAUGUUUUUGGCUUCAUUUUCUUGGAAUGGAAAUAGUAAUGCAAACAGUCAUCUUUUCUUGUCAUUUGUGUUGUGUUGUUAUUUCUUAGCUCUUUAAUGAGUGCGUCUAUGUAUGUCUAAUGUUUUUGAUUAGAUGAUGUGCGUGGGUGAUCAUAUGCCUUACUAAACCCCUGCUGAAUUGAAAAUGGAAUAAUGGUUUCGUGAUUUUUUUUUUUUUUUUUUGGUUAUAUGAUGACCCAUUCUUUAUGGUUCUACUUUCAAUAAUCUUGUUUAUGUGGGCAUCACUAUCUUGCUUAUAAUAUUUCAUGAUUGAAAAUUAUUGCCAUAAACUAUGGGCCAUCUUAAAGAAGUUAAGGAUAUUAUGGAUAUCUGCUUAGGUACUAGAAUUAAGAAGAAUCCUGCAGUACUAUUUUUGCAUUUAAAGCCACAACCUAUUAUAUGAUGUUUAAAACUUUUGUUUAUUGAUCUUUAAUUGAGUGCAUUGUUUUUGUUUUCCUAAUAUUUGGAAGCCUUUCCUACCCUUUUCUUUCCUUUUGAUUUGAUGAAGUCGCUUCUUACAAUGAAAUAUAAUAUCUGAGAAUGUUUUAGGCAGAAGUCAUAGGUAAAAUGGACAUUGCUUGAGGAAGUGAUAAUUGAUAAAAGAGAUGACGACAUUCUCUCUCUUCAUUUUUGUUUGGAAUUUUUGAAUCAAACCGACAUAUCAGAUUGACCUCUUUGGCUACUGAAAUGUUUCAUGUAACUUAUGUCUAAAUAUUAAGGUUUCUUUCACCAUCUUUUGUGGAAUUUCAUGGACUAUUCAUAAACUUAAAGAUUAAAGUAAUUGAUAGAUU